CUUCUGCAGAAAAUAAAUACGAUAGCACCAGCUGGUGGCAUACGUUAUUUUAAUAUUUUACUUCUUGGUCAAGCUGCUUCUGGAAAAUCUUCAUUUUUCAAUACCUGUGCGACUGCCAUUAUGGAUGAUGAAAGACUAGUGACGGCAAACCUAGUUUACCAGAAGUCCUCAAGGGGUGUCACCACAGCUCUUGAAUCAUUUCCAAUGAAAACAAAGGCGGGAGGAUUCCUUCCGGUGCGGUUAUUUGAUUGCAGAGGACUCAAUAUUGAAUACGGUGUUCCCACAGAGGACAUACGAGCAAUCGUAGAGGGACAUGUUAAGAGUGGAUAUCAGAUCAAUCCGGUGGCUCCUAUCCAAGAAAAUGAUCCUAGUUAUAGAAAGUCUCCGGAAACCAAAGACCGUAUGCACUGUGUUGUGUAUGUUGCCAAUGCUGAAAAUCCUUCCGAACAGCUAAUGGAUCACAAGACUGAGGAACAAUUACGAUAUGUUAGGGAAAACCUAGCAAAACAGCAUAUGCCACAAAUGGUUCUCUUCAGUAAGAUUGACAAGCUUCGUAUUUCUAACACACAUAGCUUGCGGGAUAUCUUUCGGAGUCAGGACGUUAGAGAUACAUGUACGAAAGCUGCCGAAUACAUGCAGAUUCCAUUAACGCAUGUCUUUCCAAUGUCCAACUAUUGUGAGGAAAAUAUUCCUACACUAGAGAAGGACAUACUAGCUCUCUUUUAUCUCCUUACCAUGAUGCAAAAGGCUAAUGAUUUUAUACAUCGUCUUACCAAAGACGAUGUACCAGAGGAUUUUUAUGAUUAAUUAUUACAAAAUUUCCUCCCCCCCCCCCCUUCAAUUGAUCACAGAGCAAUUGAUGUAAAGAA